AUGGCAACGCGCUUAUCUCCCACACACUUCUCUGCCUCUAUCGUUCGUCUCCUUUUGACUUCGUUCAUACAGGCGCCUCACCCACCACGCAUAAUGAUUCUCAGUGCGUUCAUUCUCCUUCUCACUCUGGUCACUGCUCUGGCCCCCGAAUAUGACUUCAUCAUCGUCGGAGGAGGAGUCAGCGGCCUUGUCGUCGCCAACCGUCUCUCCGAGGACCCCAACGUCUCCGUUCUCAUCAUCGAAGCCGGUCCAUCAGUCCUUGACAACGAGAAUGUGACCGAUGUCGACGCGUACUCCCGUGCGUUUGGUACCGAAAUAGACUGGCAGUUCAUCAGUGAAUCACAGCUCUUCGGCGGAGAACCACAGAUCCUCCGGGCCGGACGAGCGCUGGGUGGCGGGAGCGCAAUCAAUGGUGAAUCAUCCCCAUCCGGAUAUGGAUAUGAAUAUGCAGAAGAGCUAAGACUGCGUUUAGGAAUGGCCUACGUGCGUGCUGAGGACGUCCAACUGGACGCUUGGCAGUCCAUCGGCAAUGAGCGCUGGAACUGGACGAGUCUGUUUCCUUACUAUCUCAAGAGCGAGAACCUGACCUUGCCGACAGCCGUGCAGACGGAUGCAGGCGCAACAUACGAUGCCUUUGCGCAUGGCUCCCGCGGUCCCCUCAAGGUUGCUUUCCCACGUAUGCAGAGUGGUGAUAAUGAUCUGACACCUGCGGUCAACCAGACGCUUCACGCUGCGGGGAUUCCGUGGAACGUAGAUGUGAAUGCUGGGCGCAUGCGUGGAUUUAGUAUUUACCCCUGGACCAUCGAUGAGGAGGCGUAUAUUCGGUAUGAUGCCGCUCGGGCUUAUUUUUGGCCGUUUCAGUCGCGAUCGAACCUGCAUGCCUGGUUGAACACGAGGGUGAAUCGGAUUGUUUGGAGAGACGUGCCUGGUGGAGAGAACACCCGUGCAGCUGGCGUGGAGGUUACUUCACAGCAUGGCACUGUAAGUGUUGUGAUGUCGAGAAGAGAGGUGAUUCUCUCGGCUGGAGCGCUCAAGUCGCCCGCCAUUCUUGAGCUUUCCGGGAUCGGGAAUCCACGCAUCCUCAAUCAACACAACAUCCCCGUUCACGUCUCACUCCCAGGCGUCGGAGAAAACUUACAGGAUCAGAUGAACACUCUCAUGACAGCGUCGACCCAUUCACCCAUCACCGGCGGCAGAACCGUCACUUUCGCAUCGGCCACGGACAUCUUCAGUCAGGAUAUCUCCUCCCUCGCCAACCUCACACAUACCAAGCUCCCCUCGUACGCUGCCCUCGUCGCAAACAUGAGCAACGGAGCCAUGCAACCCGAACACCUGCGGGCUGUAUUCCAAGUGCAACACGACCUUAUCUUCAAGAACAACAUUCCCAUUGCAGAAAUAAUCUUCAAGCCCGGCGGCGAGAAAACCGUCAACGCCGGGUUCUGGGGCCUCCUCCCCUUUGCACGCGGGAACGUGCACAUCCGCUCUUCUGAUCCGGCAGCCCAGCCCGCGAUCAGUCCCAAUUACGGCCUGUUGGACUGGGAUAUCCAGCUGCAGGUUGCAAUUGCCAAGUUCAUCCGGCGGAUGUUUCGCUCUGCGCCGCUUGAGGGGAUGAUUGAGGAGGAAUCGAGGCCUGGUCUGUCGGCGGUGCCUGGGGAUGCCGCGGAUGAGGUGUGGGGGAACUGGUUGGAAGAUAACUAUGCGUCCAACUUCCAUGCCAUCGGCACAGCGGCCAUGAUGCCCCGUUCUCUAGGUGGAGUCGUCAACGAUCGGCUGCAGGUGUACGGCACGGCGAAUGUUCGCGUUGUCGAUGCGUCUAUUCAUCCGCUUCAGCUUUGCGGUCAUCCGAUGGCUAACCUGUACGCUAUUGCAGAGCGCACAGCGGAUUUGAUCAAGGAGGAUUGGACGGGCUAA